AUGACUACUACUAUGCACCACCCCUCACCGCAGCCGGGCCUUGGCUCAUUCGCCAUCUACGAAGACCCACAGGAUCGCGAACCCAUGUCACCCUCGGAACUCUUCGAGGGCAGUGACUCGUACCACUCGGAACGCUCGUUCCCAAUGGCCCACGACCUUGUACAUAGCAUUGAGCUGCAGCAACAGGAGCCCGACGACGAACCACAGCCCUACCGCAGCUCAUACACAUCACGCCCCGGAUCACAACAACGAAUGAUGUCAAAUUACAGCUUCGUCUCGGCUAUCCCCUCAGAAUCCUCGAUAGCUUCCAAGCCUGUCUUGCCUGCCAAUGAAGCUGGUGCACGAGCGCGAAAGGAACGCCCGCGCUUCCGGAAUACAGAGUCUGUUCGCGCUAUGCAGAUGUCGUCGCCUCCACCAAUGCUCGCACAUCAAACUUCACAGGAACGGCUGAAGGGAUCCUUCAAGCUGGCUACACCCAGCAGAAGCGGAAGAUCCGAGUCCGACGUAACAAGACAGUCUACCGGGUCACGCAGAAGGAGCAUACGGGAGCCUCACAGUCCGAGACCUACCCCCACACCGCAACAGGCACCGCUUGUCUUGUUACAUGUCACCAUUCUGCCCAUGCAGGUACCAUACUCGCACGACAUCAUGGCUAGGAUCAUGCCGGAUUGGCUAGUGGAAAACUACAAGCUGUUGGAGGAGAAGCUACAGGAUAUCAUUCUGAUGCGACGUGGCCUUCUCAUCCCGCAUCCUCGGGAUGAAUACGACCUGCUUGAGGAACGCAUCCUGGAGAGCUUGGAGCUGAAGACACCCCGAUUGCUUCCGUGCGGUCACUUUGUACCACCUGAGGACGAGGACGACCGGGAAGACGAAGACGACGUCGCCAGCGUCGGCGAUGAGAACACUGGCCGGGGCAGUCGUAUGAGUGGAGGCACCUUGACCGAAGGAAGCAACACUUCGGCCAACGGUGACCACAGCAUGUGCAUAGACUGCCACCGUGAACUCAAGAAGCCUGGCAAGGGUAUCGGUGCAGGUACACGGAAAUGGGACAUCAAGAUCUACGCCGCCAACGGUCUGAUGCGAUCUGCCGCAUGGCAAGCAUGCUGGAAUGACAUGGAGAGAUGUGAUGUCGAGAUACACCCCUGGAUCCCCGAAGAAGUCCGCAAGACCCUAGAGCGCCGGGCUCAAGAAGAGCAAGAAGCAGACAAGCGCAAGCAGCUAUACACGGUGGAACUCCAACGUCAAAUUCAAGAAGCCGCAGCCAAAACAAAGAUUCUAGAAGAGGAAGCCAACGAGAAGAAGCGUAAAGAAGAAGCCGAACUACAAAAAUCCUUCGAGGAGGCCGCCGCUGCUCUACAAAAAAGUAUCGAGGAGAAGGCGGCCGAAAAGAAGAAGUUUGAAGAAGAUCUUCAGGCCAAACUCAACGAAGCGAAAGAAGCUGUCCGUCUCGAGCUCGAAGCUAAAGCAAUCGCCGAAUCUGACGCAGUAGCCCAACGCCUCCGCGCCCUUGAGUCUGCUAUCAAGGAACAAGAGAAGGCUGAGGCUGAAGCCUCUCACCGCCUUCGAUCGGAUCAGAUCCCUCUAAGCACGCUGCUGAAGAACUAUGCCAUCCUUCUUCUGAGCGACAAGCGCAACUUCGUUAUUCUGCUGUUGACUGUCGCUGUCGCAUAUCUCGCGAUGGGUAUGCGGGCUGCUCAACAACAAUCGCCAUUGUCGUCGCAGAUGCUCGAGCUACCUACCGAGGUUGCUGCCCAGAUGCCGAAUCCUGUUACGGCGACUAUGACUGCUACGGCUUACUCUACUUUCACAGUCACUAAGUUCCAGACGCCUACUACUAUCCCGGUUCUUGCUGUUGCGGACCCGGAAAUUGAAGUUGUUGAGGCUGAGGCUGAGGUCGUUCUUAACGAGAAGGCUGUUGAGGAAGUAUCUACCAGCCCUGUAGCAGAGCUUCCUCUUGCGGAAGAGUCUGCUCCCACCACCAUGGGAGACAACAUCGUCGUCGACCAAACACCAACUGAAGCUUCCUCCUGCGCUCUGGAGGCAGUUUUCCCAGCCUCGCUUGCCUUUUGCGCCGCAUCGGCUUAG